AUGACCAAUCUGUCAAAUUUUAACAAGUCGGAUCCAGUUAAUGACUGCGUGUUAUUUGAGGUGCUACAUCAUGGUACGACUUUGGUGCAUUGGGACUGUGAGGGUGCCUCGAGAACAGCAUUGGUAUUCGCGCGCGUCGAUCGCGCUUGUGGCACUUUCGUAUGGGAAAAGCCACCCUGGAGUCCUCUAAAAACGACUCAAGUUGGAGGUGCCGCUCCCACAGAGGUUUCGCUCACCGCGAACCCGGAGGAUACGAUACCAGCGGGCCUAGUUGGCAGGUACACGCAGCAGCAGGCUGACUGCGCUUCUGUCACUUUGGAGGAGGGAUAUCUCGACCUGGGAUCGGUGAAAGAGAUAAUAAUCGGCUGUUGCGACCGCGAUCGAGAGGCUGAUCUCAGGAGCAUCUGUAAGAGAUACGGCCUACCUGGCUCCGACUGCUGCAUCGGCCUUAUGUAUGGCUCCAAUCUUCCGGACAAUCGACUGAUCUUCCUACUUUGCCCUCCCGCUCUUAGCAAAAUAUGGUAUAUGGGAUUGUGUUGGAUAUUGCGUGGCCUCAAACGACAACAACAGUUAACAGAUCGUAGAUCGCGCUGGUUAAAAGAAAAAUAUCUUCAGUUAUACUUUUCCUACUUGGAACAACCGAUAGAAGGUUUGGAGCAGCCGACGACAGCCGACGCUAUUCGCAUUUUCGGCGGUCGCGAUUGGUCUAUGACAGAAAGUGUUGGUACGCUGUCUCCAACGAGCAGCAGCACUCUACGCAAACGAAAUGUUAAAGGCAAAAAGACAAAAUCGAUUGGCAACAUUCAUGCAUUAACUAAGGACCUGAGUGUAAAACAGUACGACUCCUCGACCUCGGAUGGGGGUCUGUGCGCUACACCUCUUCGUCAUGUAGCUGGUAGUAGAGAGUCAUUAACGAGGAUUCUGCCAGCGUCACCGAGAGCAAGCCGAGAUCGAAUCCCACCACGUAGUCCGCCCGGUUCUGCUGAUCGUAUCACUUCCAACUUGCCUUACUCCGCUUUUCAAAGUUUGUUAUGUGUCGCCAGAGAAAAGGACAAGAAUGGAUCUGGUGGUAUAUCAGGAGGCUUAGAGGCUCCUUGGCAUAUGAAAGCACGCACUACCUCGAUCAUGUAUGAGACACAAUUAAACUUUGUGGAGUUCGUCGCGCUUUUCCGAUCAUUCAGCUUACGAGCCAGAAAAGAUUUGCGUGAUCUGUUCAGCCAAUUAGCAAUAACAUGUCGUAGCCAGAGUGAUGGAUCGUUAAGGGACUUUAACAUUCGCCCGGUGGUGCUCAGACAGACCAGUGAUGCCACUCCACAAAGAAUCGGUUUAUUAACGAGAAACAACUCUAUUGACUGUCAUGAAUACAAGACGGGCAGCAAUCUACAAAAAAAACAGAUCUUUGAUGCUGUCGCGGCGGCUAGUAUAAUCAAUAAUUGCUCGGGCGUGGAUACGUCAAAAUCGCAAGUAAUCACUCUAGCAACAUUUACGAAAUUUCUGGAGUCUCGGCAGCAGGAAAAGUUGAGCGACGACGAAAUCAAGGCGCUGAUCAAGAGGCAUGAACCGGAUCCGGCACUUCGCACACAGUGGUGUUUGUCUUUCGAGGGUUUUGCACGGUAUAUGAUGGACAAGGACAAUUAUGCCUUCCCGAACGAGUAUGCAACACCGUCCGAAACCGAAAUGCAGCAGCCUUUGUCGCAAUAUUACAUCGCGAGUUCCCACAACACAUAUUUAACCGGACAUCAACUCAAAGGAGAGUCGUCCGUACAGUUAUACUCGCAGGUGCUUUUAACUGGAUGUCGCUGUGUAGAACUCGAUUGUUGGGAUGGUGACGAUGGAUCACCAUUGAUUUAUCAUGGUCAUACUUUCACUACGAAAAUACCAUUUCGCUCGGUUGUGGAAGCGAUCGAUCGAAGCGCUUUUGUCAGUUCCCCCUAUCCCGUAAUCCUUUCCAUCGAGAAUCACUGUUCGCCAAGUCAGCAAGCUCGUAUGGCUCAAAUAUUUCAGUCCGUUUUUGGCGAGAAAUUGGUGACAAAAUUCCUCUUCGAGUCCGACUUCAGUGACGAUCCUCAAUUGCCUUCGCCUUCGCAACUUCGUUAUCGAAUCUUGAUAAAAAAUAAGAAGCUAGUGAUUGAUCCUGCCGGUCCCUUGUCGCACACACUUCUUAGUCAUCGAGGGAAAAUACUCAUGACGGAUCGCGCAUCUUCCAUGAAGCAAAUGCGAACUGAUGUAAGCAGCACAUCAGUCGUCGAAUACUUUAGCGAGGAUGAAGACGACGAAGAAGAUGACGAUGAAGAUGACAACAUCGAUGAUAAUUCGAUUUCGAGUUACGAGAGAUAUCUGGGUGGCGGCCAAGUGCCGCACGGUCGUUUAAAAUCGGACCCAGGGGUGGACGACAAGACGCAAAAGCAAAGCAGUCAGAUAGCCAAGGAGCUGUCGGAUUUAGUAAUUUAUCUACAGGCGAUUAAAUUUCGUGGACUAAAUACCAUGCCAGUCGGACCGGGAAAAAUACGUCAUCAAUCGCAUACAGGACCAGUUCAGAGACACAGCAUCGCCGGUAUAGGACCUAGCAGUAUAGCUUCUUCAUCAGGAUCUCCGCAAUCACUUUCGACAUCCACCUCGAUCGCGAGCGGAGGCAGUAACAUCGAUAAUAUUUUCAGAUCUACUCGUGGAAUGCCGGCCUGCUUCCAAUGUUCAUCUUUAAACGAAAGCUCAGCAAAGAAGAUCUGUAGGAAGCAACCGUUAGGUGUAGUCGCUCAUGCUGAAACUCAACUCAUUCGAACGUAUCCUGCGGGGAUGCGUAUUGAUUCCACAAAUUUCAAUCCUGUAAUAUUUUGGGCUUUUGGGAUCCAAAUGGUUGCGUUAAAUUAUCAAACUGAUGACGCGGGAUUAAAUCUGAACUCAGCCAUGUUUGAGCAAAGCGGUCAAUGUGGUUAUGUUAGAAAACCUUCAGUGAUGUGGGAUAAAGGACAUAUGAUGUACAGGCGAUUCAACCCUUGGGAUAAAGAAUUUGACGGACUGCAUUCUGCGCAUUUAAAUUUAUCAAUAGUAUCAGGACAAUACGUUUCGGUUACGAACUUCGUCACCAGUACGUAUGUUGAGGUUGAGUUGGUUGGUAUACCGAUCGAUUGCGUGAAACACAAAACAAAGGUUAUCCAGAACAAUGCAUUGAAUCCAAUCUGGAACGAAAAAUUCUGUUUCCAAGUGAUGUUCAAGGAUCUUGCCUUCCUACGUUUUGGAAUUAUCGAAGCGAGCUCUCAUCAUGUGAUCGCGCAACGCGUAAUACCACUUAAAUGUUUACGACCUGGUUACCGACACGUCCGAUUACGAUCUUGUAAAAACAAGCCACUAGCCCUUUCUACGCUUUUUAUCUAUUCCCGCUUGGAGGAGGAGAGUUUGGACUAUAACACCUGCUGCCGUGAUCAUAAGGAGUCGUCUAAGCGUCUCUCGUCGAGCAAAGAGCCUGAGAAACUGAGCACCGUCGAUCCUGGAUCCUUGUGCAUGGGUGGCGUCACCUUGAAGAGACGAAUGUUCUUCCUAAUGGUUUAUCAUGUAAUACCAGACGAGCCAUAUACCAUUCUGAAGGUAACCCAGGAGAGUACUACGCAAGAGGUGAUGUUGCAAGCGUUACAGAAGGCUGGGAUAUCGCCGGAUCAUGUAGAUGAGUACAUCUUGGUAGAGGAAGUAUCUCGCGGAUGGGAGAAAAGAGACAAGGAAGAACUACCGACUCAACGUGUGCUGGAUCCUACAGAACAUCCUCUUCAAGCACAGGCCCUAUGGAAAGGGCAAGGUCGUUUCUUGUUGAAGCGAGUAGGCGACGAUCCAAGCAGUAGAGCGUGGCUCGCCUCUAUCAGGAGCACGGCCGGCCACUCGAAGCUCAACGAUUCCAACACGAGGGACCAAUCUACUCACAUAUGGGACGAGGCAGACACCUUUCUAGUCUGCAUUUAUAACGUCUCACCGGAGAUCCCUUAUGCGAUUCUACGUGUGCCGAUAAGCAGCUCGGCUCAAGAUGUGUUAGCACAAGCUCUGAUAAAAGCCAGAAGAAUGGAGAACCCAAGCAAGUUUGCCCUGGUCGAGGAGCUGGAAUGGGGUGGUGCGGGAGCUGUCGGAAGCGGAAAUCGUCAGUUAAGAGUAUUGAGUGACGAUGAAAACGUUUACACCACGCAAGCCUUUUGGAAAACUCUCGGUAGGUUUAUUCUCAGAGAAAGAGAACAAGCCAUUCCGAGACGGAACUUGUUGCCAGCAACCCUCGAUAGACUUAGUAAGGGAUUUUCUGUGGGCAGAUCGGUAUCCCUGCCAGGAUCUAGCAAAGAAAAGGUGCCUGUUUCGGAAGCAUUGUCGGACCCCAUUUCUAGAGGCCUGAGACAUCGGCUAAUGAUGCCGGGACGUAGACGAGAAGUACAUUCUGAUGGAGAAGAUACGCGCGAAUCUGACAUACUGAAUGUUGCUUUUCAACUGAAGAAGGUCUCGUUCAGGAAACUGAUGAGCUGGAAAUCAUAGUGGCAGUCAAGGGCGUCGUCGAUAUCAUCGAUCUUCGCCGCUCGGAGAAGUCACCCAUAAGCUCGUAGUCCAAUUAUUAUAUGAUCAGAAACUACUUCUGGUAUUGCAAAACAUUUUCUAUGCUGACGAUCCUAUCGAGAUGCGAUCUUAAACUAAAAGAAGAGCUUCAGAGAACCGAAAGAUUUCACUUUGUCUCAAGAAUUUAUGUAAUACAAAAACGUCACACGGACGAUCGGAUAAGUUAGAAUCUGUAAAUCAUUGAGUCAAAUGAUAGGACAGGUGGUACGAUCAAAAUAGUUAAAUAUCGCGCUACUAAAGAAAUAUUAAUGUGUUUUUAUCAAUGAUUAUGUGAUAAUAUU